AAGUAUAAAUAAAUAUAAAGUUUAAAUAUUAAUUGUUAUUUUUUUCAUUUUUAACUUUUCGAAAUAUUUUAUGAAAAAAGAGUUACUUAUUAUGCAUACCUAUAUAGACUUGUUGACAAAACAAGAGUGACACGCGUUGAAAUAUAAUUCUUCUACUUGCAGGUGCGAGGGUGUUUAAAAUUUCGUACUUUCUUUCUUAGUGAUUUUUAUUAUUUUAUAAAGACUACUAUAUAUAAGUUAUGCAGGAGUACGAAAAAUUCAUUUGCAAAAUCUCGUUCGAUAUACCUCUUAUGUUUCAAAGUAUUCUGCAAAAAUAUGCCCAUAAUUAUCGAAAAUAAUACGAAAUUAAGAUGAGAUAAACUGGACGACGUAACCUCAUACAAUAAUGCAAUUUGCUCCAAAAAGGAUUUUGGAUCAAACAAGAAGAAUUUGAAUAAUCGCUCUAAUCAUGGAGAAAAAAAAUAUUCCAAUAAAUUAUGGACAUAAUAUUUCUACUGCAUUAUCUACUAUGAUGGAAUUUUCAGUUAAAAUUUUGUCAUAUAUAAGUGCAUUGUUUCUGCUACUAUUGCCAUUAUUAUUUUUAUAUUUGAAUUCUGUACAGUUCCAUUUCUUCAUCGAUGAAAAAUUUCACAUUCCACAAACUAUUAAAUACUGUGAAGGAAAGUUCUUCGAGUGGGAUCCAAAAAUCACAACACUGCCAGGACUGUACUUAUUGUCAGCAUUACUACUUGGUCCACUGAAAUUAUGCUCUAUUACAUAUUUGAGGCUUGUCAAUCUAGGGCUCACUUAUAUGAAUUUAAUUUUAACUUUAAAAUUACUUGCUACUUUGAGCAACAAGAAUAGAACAAACAAGAAUAAUAAGAGUAAAAGGAAAUUGAAAAGCUAUCAUUUGUACUUGACAGCUUGGAAUAUCGCUUUCUUUCCACCUCUCUUCUUCUACUUUUUUUUGUACUACACAGACACUCUAUCAAACACUUUGAUACUAUCUAUGUUCCUGCUGCAUUUGAAAAAUAACAAUACAGCAGCAGCUCUGAUGGGUACACUAUCGAUAUGUGUGAGACAGACUAAUGUAAUAUGGGUUUUCUUUCUGGGUAUUGAAAAGGGUCUAACUGUAAUUGAGAAUAUAACAAGAAAGCCUCAUCUAACUGAUACGUUAAAUCUACUUCCAUGUAUAAAAUCUUUGUAUUGCAUUUUUAAAGCAAAAGCUGGACAAGGAUUCUUGACUUUUAUGAAAUAUGUGAUGUUAGUAACUGCACCAAUUUUACCAUACUUGGUGGUUCUGGUUUCAUUUGUUGCUUUCGUCAUUUACAAUGGAGGAAUAGUAGUAGGUGACAAAACUGCUCAUAUACCAACUAUUCACUUUGCACAAAUUUUGUACUAUUCAACAUUUAUCCUUGCUUUUUCCUGGCCGUACCUUUUGCCAUAUUUUGUAAAAUAUCUACAAUUUAUUCGUAAGAAUACAAUGGCUUCAAUUUUUGCUGUAGCUUUAAUUACAUUAGUAGUUCAUUACAAUACUUUAGUUCAUCCUUACAUUUUAGCAGAUAAUAGGCAUUACUCAUUUUAUAUUUGGAAAAAUUUUAUGAACCGCUAUGUAUUUUUUAGGUACUUACUAAUUCCUGUCUAUGCUUUUGCUAUCUAUGCUGCUUUAAAAUCAUUGAGUCACUUGAGAUUAUUAUCAGUGGUAGCUUACGUCUUAUGUGUCUUUAUUGUAAUGGUACCUCAAUUAUUACUAGAACCACGAUAUUUUAUAAUACCCUAUAUUUUAUUUAGAAUUUAUCAAAAAGAGCCAAAAAACUGGCAGCUUGUUGCAGAAACUCUAACGACUUCUUUUGUAAGCAUUGUACAGUUUUUGUUAUUUGUAAAUAAGACAUUCUACUGGGAAGAUGAAAAGUACCCUCAGAGAAUUGGAUGGUAAAUAAAAUGGGAUAAAUCUCUACAUACAACUAUGUGAUAAGUGAAAGGGUUGUAAAUAUUUUUAAGAGAAAGUCUGUACAAAUAAUGAAUGAAUGCACAUAUGAUUUACAUGUCAUGUAUUAUUUCUUAUAAAUGUUAUAAGAUGAUACAAAUUGUACAUAAUAAUAAAAAUGAGUUUUGUAUAAAA